AUGAAGAAGAAUGGGUCCCUCUGUCAGGUGGAGCAGCUGCCCUGUCCGUGCCCGCAGGAGCAGAAUGGCAGUGCCUGCUGGACUCAGAGUCACGCCCACAACAGCUGGACCGGCGCCGCAACCACCCCCGUCCGAAACCGGACCAACGGAGCCGUGGGGGCCCUUUGCAGCGGCCGCGACUGCGGCGUGUCCCGGGCUGAAGGGGCCGAACUGGGCCGAAGAGGGACCGCCAAGAUUCUGGUCACCGGCGGGGCCGGGUACUUCGGCUUCAGGCUGGGACGAGCUUUAGCCAGCAGGGGGGAGAGUGUCAUACUGCUGGAUCUUCAGAAACCCCCCUGGGCUAUUCCCAGUGGAGCAGUUUUCUAUCAGAGUGAUAUUCGGGACUACAACAGCCUGUCUAAAGUGUGUGCAGGGGUGGACUGUGUGUUUCACACCGCGUCUUAUGGGAUGUCUGGCCCAGAGCAGUUGAAGAAAGAGCAGGUUGAAUCCGUCAAUGUCGGGGGCACAAACAAUGUCAUUAAUGUGUGUUUGGAACAAGGAAUCUCUAGACUUAUCUACACCAGCACGGUUAAUGUGGCGUUUGCAGGCAAACCUAUCGAAGAUGGCGACGAGGACACAGUGCCUUGUGUGCCCCUGGACAUGCACAUAGACCAUUACUCCAGAACCAAAGCCAUUGCAGACCGUAUGGUGCUGUCAGCCAACGGAAGAUCAGUUAAAGGUGGUGGAAUUCUCCGGACCUGUGUGCUGAGACCCUCAGGCAUCUAUGGGCCUGAGGAGAGACGACAUCUACACAGAGUGAUGGUUAAUGUUGAGAGGAGGUUGUUCAGUUUUAGUUUUGGGGAUCCAGGUGCCAGGAUGAACUGGGUUCAUGUGGAUAACCUGGUCUUGGCCCACGUGCUGGCUGCAGAGGGGCUAACACCAGAGAGGAGCUGUGUAGCAAGUGGUCAGGCGUACUUUAUCAACGAUGGAGAAUCUGUCAACGUGUUUGAAUGGCUGACUCCGCUGUUUGAGAGACUGGGCUACAGCAGGCCGCUCAUACACCUCCCUGUCUCACUCGUUUACUCAGCUGCUAUUCUGAUGGAGUGUUUACAUGUGGCACUAAGACCCAUAGUAGAAAUCCCACUGCUUUUCACAAGGAAUGAGGUAAGAAACAUCGCCGUCAGUCACACCUUUAAGAUUGAGAAGGCAAGGCAGGACCUGGGCUUCAACCCCAAAAAGUACAGCCUGGCUGACUCGGUGGACCAGUACCUGCAAAGCCGACCCCCCCGCACCAAAUCCUCCCAUCUGACAAAGGACCACCUCCUUCCCCUGCUACUAUUGCUGCUACUGGGUAUGGUCACUGUGUUACUGUGCUUCUCUUGGAGGGGAUGCUAG